AUGAGCUGCUCCAACGCUUUCCCCACCGCUUUUCUUAACUCAGUGUAUGGUCCACAUGUUUCUCGUAAACGUACCAUUGCUCAUAUCGAUAACUCGGUUUGCGUUUCCGAUCUGGCCCCUGUAGCUCACAUCAAGCGUGCCCGAAUUGUACGACCUCAACCUCAAGGGUUUAUAUAUACCAGCACAGGAGUGACUACAAGUUCCCAAGAUUUCGCUUACGUCGGUAGUGGCAGCGAGGUGAUCCGAAGAUCCUACCCAAACAUGAACUUCUUGAUCACAAACCAUCAGGAAACCACACGACAUGAAGAUUUCGAGGCAUUCAAGUUGCAAUUGGCAUUGGAGUUAUUGAUGGGACCUGCACCUCCUAGCUUAAUGAGCGGAAAUCAAACCAGUCCCAGUACAUCGACUUCUUCACUUCCUUCAUCACUGAACCCAUCUCCAACGGUGCCAUUUAGGCAGACGACAUCAUAUCCUCAUCGACCUCCUAACCCAGCAAUAGAGAGGAGAAGACCGAUGCCCCUGUCAUUCGUAAAUGUGCCGAAUGAAGAUCCUCACCAGUUUGAAAGGUCACAGAUGAUUGAAGCAAAGGGAAAAGAAGGGGUUUCACAGAGUUCAAGUCUUAAGUCGGUAGAAGAAAAAGAUGAAGAUAAAAAAAUACUGAAUGAUCUUCAGAAUUUAUUUCCAUCUUAUCAAUAUCCUCCGCCACUCUCAUGGUAG